CCUGGCCACGAGGCCAAAAAAAGGAAAGAGCCACGAGCUUCGCCGAAACUGGAGAGCUUCUGGCUCUCUCUGCUGCCUCUUGGGGGUUCUGUUCUGUUUUGUUUUGUUUCCUUUUCCAAGCUUUUGGCCGCUGCCGCUGCUGGCUGACUCUCUCAGGCCACUUGGCCAGCCUGUUGCAGCUUCUAUUUUUACAGCUUCACCCCCCCCCCACGACCGCCCCACUUCUGUCAUCCGUUCCUCAUAGCAAGAGAGUCUAAUGGCCCCUUGGAAACCGCCCCCCGCGACAUGGCUCUGCCCUUUUGCCGCCUCCCCCUCGAGAGACGCGGAAGCUGACAGCAGGUAAGGCGGGGGCCGGUGUGCAUGUGCCGGCUUGUUGCUGUUGCCGGGCGAGUUUGGAGCGGGCGGCUUCGCUUCCUCGUUCCCCUUCUCAGGUCCCCCGCUCUGCAGCGCCCUCAGGGAGAGGCGGCGGGAUGGCCCCAAAGGGCGCCGGCUGAGGGAAGAGGAGGGCGCCCCAUCAGUUUUUCCUCAGGCAGGCUGCCUUUGACCGUCAGUCCCGCUGGGAGCAAGCCGAGCCGGUCACGUACCAAACGAAGCAACAGGAGGGCGGUGCAUCAGUCACUUGGUCACCCCGCGGCUGCGAACUUCCCGGUUGCCCCUUCUUGAGGCUUGGCCAGAGAGGAGAAUCUCCGCAGGCAGGAGGCGGGUGAAAAGCCCGAGCGAGGCUCUUCUGCCUCGCUCAGCCGUCGCCGUCCCUCCCAGCUGAGCCACCCACUUUGCUGACAUCUCUCGCUCUCUGUCUCUCUCCGCUGACACCAAAACCAGCCGCACUUCCUUUCAAGGCAGCGCUGCUGCACACAUCCUGUUCUGUUGUUGGGGGGGAGAGUAACUGGCCGUAUCCACCCCCAGCACAGUACCUCCAGUGACUGUUGCUGGUGUCUAUCUUAUGUUUCUUUUUAGAUUGUGAGCCCUCUGGGGACAGGGAUCCAUCUUAUUUAUUUAUUAUUUCUCUGUGUAAAUUGCCCUGAGCCAUUUUUGGAAGGGCAGUAUAGAAAUCGAAUAAAUAAUAAUAAUUAUUAUUAUUGUAUUUUUAUCAUGUUUGUUGUGUUCUUAUGUUGUUAUUGCCUUGUAAGCCACCUAAUGGUGCAGCGGGAAAAUGACUUGACUAGCAAGCCAGAGGUUGCCGGUUCAAAUCUCUGCUGAUAUGUUUCCCAUAUUGGGCAACAGCGAUAUAGGAAGAUGCUGAAAGGCAUCACCUCAUACUGAGCUGGAGAUGGCAAUGGUAAACCCCUCCUGUCUUCUACGAAAGACAACCACAGGGCUUUGUGGUCACCAAGAGUCGACACUGAUUAAACAGCACACUUUACCUUUAUUGUGGUUUACUGGUUUAUUGUAAGCUGCCCCAAGUGGCAGUGUGCUGGAGGGACAGGAUAAAAUUAUUUUAAAUUUUUAAAAACCCAAUCAACUGUAAUUAAGCUACUGUAAACUCAACAGAGCUGAAUAGUAUAGCUAACAGUUUUACAUUUCACUGCUUUAAUAUUACUGAACUUGUAAUAUUACUUGUACAGCAUGUGUCAAUUUGCUAAAGGUUUCAGCAAUUCCAGAAGGACAUGCUAUUAUCUUAAAAUGUUGGUUUUUGAAUUUGUACAAUACAUGUAGGAAUGCAUUACUUUAUUGAGUUUUGCAAAAUUGUUAUUUUCAUUAAUAAUAGUUAUUUUUCAAAAACAACAAGCUAAACGAUAACCAAAAUAAUUUUAUUGGAGAUGUCAUACGAGUGAUGAUUUCUGUAAUCACUGACAUGACCCUGCCAGGAGAGAGAUUGUGUUAACUGUAAAUAUAUCCUUCAUUUUAGGAUUCCAAGUUUAGGGUUCCUGACUGACUCCCCCUUGAUGACUAUAAAAUGGAACCCAUAUCAUUCAAAGUUAAAAAUCCUGAAACAUCCAGUGAUAGCUCUGUGGACUUCAGUCUUCAUCUUGUUGGCUCUCUGCCAGUUCACUCUCUAACUACCAUGACAGUGCUCCCUUGGAUUGUGGCAGAGAUUCGGCGGCUCAGCACAAAAUCCUUGAAGGAAGAGGUUGGAACUCACCAAGUUAGGCUUUAUGUCUCACCGACCAGGCUGCGAUGUGAAGAAGACACAGGAAAAAUCCAACAGUGGGACCCUCUGAUAUGUUCAGGCCUGUUUGAAUAUAGGCCACAGCAUGUCCACAAACUGAUUCACAACAGCCAUGACCCAAGCUACUUUGCCUGCUUAAUAAAAGAUGGAGCAUUAAAUCAGCAAAGUAUCUGUUAUGUAUUCAAAGCUGAUGAUCAAACAAAAGUGCCUGAAAUUAUAAGCACCAUCAGACAAGCUGGAAAAAUUGCACGUCAAGAAGAGUUUCAGAAUAACCUUUCAGAUGUUGAAGAUCCUUUUAGCAAAAAAUUUGAGGUGCUGUUCUGUGGCCGAAUGACAGUAGCACACAAAAAUGCACCCCCAGCACUCAUAGAUGAAUGUAUUGAAAAAUUUAAUGAUGUUAGCUAUACCAAAAACUUGGACUCUAGUUCAUUCUCCCAACAACAUGAAACUGCCAACCACUCUGGAGGAUUUUCCAUAAGUGAUAAAUUCCGAUCUGUCUUCCAGCCCUUAGUUAAUGAAGAACAGGAGAAAAGGCCAAUGAGGAAAUCCUACUCUCAGCCCGGACUGCGUUCUUUUUCUUUCAAGAAAGAUUUGGAAGCCAGAAGCUCAAGGAGUAACAGCUUUGCCAGAUCCUUUGAUGAAGAUGCUCUUUCUCUGACCUUAAAAAGUCGAUUUAUUCAUGGGCAAAAUGUUGUGCAACCAACAGAUAUUGCAGGGAACCGGAUUAUGUUGUUCACGAUUGGCCAGUCUGAAGUUUACAUCAUCAGUCCCGAUACCAAAAAAGUAGCAAUUGAGAAAAGCUUUAAGGAAAUUUCUUUUUGCUCUCAGGGAAUUAGACAUGUGGAUCACUUUGGAUUUAUCUGUAGAGAAUCUUCAGAGAAUGGAGGCUUCCAUUUUGUUUGUUAUGUGUUUCAGUGUACAGAUGAAGCCCUGGUUGAUGAGAUCAUGAUGACUUUGAAACAGGCUUUCACAGUAGCUGCUGUACAACAAACUGCCAAAGCACAAUUCCAUCUCUGUGAAGGGUGCCCCAUGCAGAGCCUGCAUAGACUCUGUGAAAAGAUAGAAGGGUUGCAUCCCUCUAAAAUUAAACUAGAACUUCAAAAACAUUUAACAGUGCUGAACAACCAGGAGCAGGCCUCAAUCUUUGAGGAAGUUCAGAAAGUAAGACCAAGAAAUGAACAGAAGGAGAAUGAAUUAAUAAUUUCUGUACUAAGAAAUAUGUAUGAAGAAAAACAGAAAGAUCACAUUCACAUUGGCGAAACUAAGCAGACCUCACAGUCCUCAGCAGAGGUUAUGGGAAACGAGAUGCCGUGCAGCACACCCCGGUUCAGGCUGGAUAUGUUGAAAAGCAAAGCUAAAAGAUCACUAACUGAGUCAUUGGAAAGUAUUUUAUCCCGAGGAAGUAAAGCCAAAGGUCAGCUGGAAAGUUCUGGAAGUGUUGACUUGGACAGCUCCUUAUCUAGCACAUUAAGUACCACAAGUAAAGAAACGUCUCUCUUUGAAAGAGAAGGCCUUCCUCCAGAGAGCCCUCUGAAGGCUAAUGGAUCUUUGGGCAAUCUUUCCAGUGAACCAGACCUCACCCUUGCUGAAGAGCCUACAAAAUCAGCACACCAGGGCUUUAGAAGACGAGCGAAUACUCUUACUCAUGUGCCAACGGAAAGCCAGGAGUUCUUGGAAUCCACUGAAGUGUCUCCAUCUGUACCACAAAGGAAACUUAUGAGGUAUCAUUCAGUGAGCACAGAGACCCCUCACCAGCAAAACAGCUCUAAUACUUCUUCCAGUCAGUCGCCAGCUCCUCCUCCUCCUCCACUACCACCACCACCACCACCUACUCUUCCUCCUCCAGUUCACCUUAAUCCCUCAGCCUCCUCGCCCAGUUUCUUAAAACAUCUUAGGCAUAAUUCAAGUGGAGAACAAAGCGGGCGUGCUGUGCCAAAGAGCACCUCCUACCGUUCUGCUCUACGGAAAAAGCUUCACUCUUCCUCUUCUGUGCCAAACUUCUUAAAAUUUCUGGCUCCCGUAGAUGAAAAUAACACCUCUGACUUUAGGAACACAAAAAGUGACUGUAAAUCCAGGUCAAGUGAAGCCGAUUCUGUCUGUGAAACCCCUGUGAGGACCCGUCGGCAUUCAUGGAGACAACAAAUAUUCCUAAGAGUGGCAACACCACAGAAAGGAUGUGAUUCUCCUAGUUGGCAUGAUGACUACUCUGAAUUGGGAGAGCUUCCCCCCAGAUCACCAUUACAACCAGUUUGUGAAGAUGGAUCCUUUAGGACACUAAAAGAGGAGCGGAAACGGACAUCCAAAGAGCUUCGGGAACUAUGGCAGAAAGCCAUUCUGCAGCAAAUACUACUGCUUAGGAUGGAAAAGGAAAAUCAAAAGUUGCAAGUUUCUGAAAAUAAUCUGCUGAACAGACGUCUGAAGCUUGAUUAUGAAGAGAUCACCCCAUGCCUCAAAGAAGUAACACUGGUCUGGGAAAAAAUGUUGAGUAUGCCAGGAAGGUCAAAAAUGAAGUUUGACAUGGAAAAAAUACAUUCUGCUGUUGGGAAAGGAGUUCCACGGCAUCACCGGGGUGAGAUCUGGAAGCUUUUAGCAGAGCAAUACCAGCUUAAGCAUCAGUUUGCAAGCAAACAGCAGCCAAAGGAUGUCCCUUACAAAGAACUCUUAAAGCAGCUAACCUCCCAGCAGCAUGCAAUACUUAUUGACCUAGGACGCACCUUUCCAACACAUCCAUAUUUCUCAGCCCAGCUUGGAGCUGGGCAGUUGUCACUCUACAAUAUCUUGAAAGCCUAUUCCCUUCUGGAUCAAGAAGUAGGCUAUUGCCAAGGCCUCAGUUUUGUAGCAGGUGUGCUGUUGCUUCAUAUGAGUGAAGAAGAGGCUUUCAUGAUGCUCAAGUUCCUUAUGUUUGACAUGGGUCUUAGGAAACAGUAUCGGCCCGACAUGACAAUUUUACAGAUCCAGAUGUAUCAACUGUCUCGACUUCUUCAUGACUACCACAGAGAUCUCUACAAUCACUUUGAAGCACAUGAAAUUGGGCCUAGUCUAUAUGCUGCCCCCUGGUUUCUUACAAUGUUUGCCUCUCAAUUUCCGUUGGGAUUUGUGGCUAGAGUGUUUGACAUGCUGUUUCUUCAAGGGUCAGAAGUUAUAUUUAAAGUUGCUUUAAGCCUUCUGGGAAGCCAUAAGCCCUUGAUCUUGCAACACGAGAACUUGGAAAAUAUAGUUGAUUUCAUUAAAUGUAUUCUUCCAAACCUGGGCUUGGUACAGAUGGAAAAGACAAUUAACCAGGUAUUUGAGAUGGAUAUCUCCAAACAACUGCAAGCUUAUGAAGUUGAAUAUCAUGUACUUCAGGAUGAAUUGAUAGAUUCCACUCUAAAUGAUAAUCAGAGGAUGGAUAAACUAGAAAGGGCUAACAGUAAUUUACGCAAACAGAACUUUGAUCUUCUUGAGGAGCUGCAGGUGGCAAAUGGAAAGAUCCAAAGCCUACAGGUCAUGGUUGAGACUUUGCUGAACAGUGAGAGCAAACUGAAGCAGACUGUUCUCGCUCUAGAGCUGGAGAGGAAAGCAUUGCUGGAGAGAGAUGGGGAGUUGUACACACACUCGGCAAACCCCAGUGGAAAACCUCUGCUUACCAGGCAACAGCAUAUGGAUUCUGCUAACUGACAGCUGCAGACAGAAUAAAGGAAGCAAGUUCUACACAUACAAGAAGAGAAGAACCAUUUUCUGAUGCCACCGUUGGAAUCUUUCAUAUUGUCCAUGCCUUACCUUGGUUGAGUGAAAUCAAGACUUUGCACAAAACAAAAGUAUUACUAGUGGAGGAGACUCCUGAUUGUUCAUUUCUUAAAUCCUUUUGAAUGGUCCAUAUAUGCAAUAUAACAAGCAGAAGAACUUUUAUGCUGCCUUGUCAUCUCUCUGUUUUUGACUGAACACAUGCAUAUGCUUCACCUACUGCUCACUGUAAACAUCUGGAAUUCCAGACACCCCAGUAAGUGUUUCUCUACCUAAGGGCUUCAUAUUGCUUACACAUUAAGCAUUUAGGAAACUCCCCUCUGAACAUCAUAUGCUGGGGAAUUUUGGCACUAGGAACUCCUGAACAGAUUCUUUCCCUUUUUUAGGGGAUGACUAUAUAUUCAUCUGUGAUUGAACUCUGUGCAUUUGACUCUUCUUUUGGCUGAAGUUGAAGUGGGUUCCAUUAUCCAUAAUCACUUUUUAAAUCCUUGUGGCCUGAAGACAUCAACUUAAUAAGCCUCAGGAUGCUUUAUUUUACCACAUAAUUUUUGGAGUUACUGUCAUUAUAAAUAUAUUUUAAUUAUGCUCUUUUGUUUUCCUUUUGACAUCCAACAUUAUGGCAUGGUUAAAGCUCUGAUAAAAUAGAUGAGGAUACUACUUUUUUUCUUUCUCUGAUGUGCAUAUUGGUGAAGCCUGAAACUGUUAAUGGUGGAUCAUGCCUUAAAGGGUCAUUCUAUUUAUUUAUUUUUCUGAUGUGUGGUGUUAGCCUUUCCUUUUUUCUGAGUUGGAAUAGACUGUCAAUUUCAGUUUCAUUAUCUUCUUGGACACCAAGCCACCUCUUAAAAAAGCUUGUUCUUAAAAUUUUGUCUCCUGAAAUUGUGAAGUACUUCCAAGGCUUAGAGAUAUGAAAGAUAGAAUAGUUUUAUACAAAAUAGCUGGUUGAUGUUUAACUUUGAACUAAGAGUGCAGUAUCUUUCAACAAAGCACAUUUGGGAUAAAAGCACAUUUAAAAUAUCUUUCCCCCCCCCAAGUAGUUAAAAUAUGUUUAGGACUGUUAAAAGCACUUCCAUUACAAUAUCCAACAGUAGGUGGCAACACAAUAGUUACCAUAGAGAAGGGUCAAUUAGUAUCACCAAUUUGUUUUGUUCUAAACAAAUUUGAUGGCUGGAAAUUUAUGGGCUCUUACUCAAAAUGUCCAUGUUCCAACACAUAAUCAAAAGGGUUUAACAUUUUUUCUGACUACAGCAUUUGGCUAUAAAACUUUUUGGUAAAUUCUACUGAUCUCACAAAGUCACUAUGUGAAUAUCCAGCUUAGACUGAGGAUGGAACACACCAUUAAAAUCAGUGGACAAUUUAUCAUUGGCUUCCAUAGGAUGUGGAUUGUAUUUUCUGGCAUAUUGGCAUUAUAGACUUAGACAGAUUUCAUAGUCAUUCCCUCUCCCUCGGGACCUCCAGUUCUGUCAGGGAGCUAGGAACCCCUAACAGAAAAUUUUCAGCCAGUUCAGCAGAAUUGUAGUUUUUGCAAACUACAAUGCACAGGAUUCACAGAGGAAGCCAAGAAAGUUAACCUGGCAUAAAACUGAUGUACUAUAGAUAUAUCCCAAGUAUCACUUACGUGUUAUGAACAUGCUUAAUUUCUAAGACCAGACUGGUUCCUUGUACUUCUCAUGUAAAAGUUGUUUUCACAAAAUUCCCUGCUGCUUGUGUGUCCUUGAACAUUGGUAAUGACAGCCCAUUAACCUCUUCUUGUUUAACCUUCCACAUUUUAAAAUGAUUGUUUCAAUUUGGUUUCUUUAGAGAUUUUAUUAUAUUUUAUUUACUAUUCUGAGUGCCCAAUAAUGCAUUUUGGAUAGAGGCAAUAACUGUUAUAUUGGCUGCUUUAACACUAAAAAGAGAGCAAUAAUUAAAAAAAAAAGCCUGCCAAA